GGGACCCAACACGGCCCAAACGAGCUUCAACAGGAGUUCCAAGACGGCCGAGAGAGGCGCUCCGCAGCCAUUAUGGUUCAAGCCACUCAUGUUCCAACGGAACUGUGGCGAGCUGUGCGCCCAAACAUCUGCUUACUGAGCCUGUGUAACCUUUCACUGAUUUAAUUGGGAUGGCUGCGGUACGGUUGGCACCCAUGACCAUGUACAUUGCGGCGCAACUUAUCCAGGCCGUAACCGCAUCGACGUCUACGAUGAUGCUUCGUGACAUCUACCAACAGAACGCCUCGCGCAUGGUGCGUGCGCCACAACGUAAAAACGCAAGCGUUGUGCUGUAUGUCACAACGCACGCCUCGGGUCAGCACAUGAGCUACUUAGAGUGUUUGCCGCCGCUGAUUCGGACCUCGCCGAUGCUUAUGCAGGCGGACGUCAUCUUGUACGUUGGGAGCGACACUCUCCAAGAAAACGAGAAGCAUCGAAUCACCCAGCUGUUGGAUAAGUGGCCUGUGCGGAAUCGUGUCGUCCAUUUCGAUAAGAAUCCGGGCUACCAGCAGGGCGCAAUGAAUGCGGCCCACGUGGGAUUUUCCAGCGGAUGGUUCCGAGGUUACGAUUGGGUUAUCAGGAUAAAUCCGGAUGUCGUGAUCUACAACGAUAAUUUGAUAUGGCCUCUCAUGCAGAAGGCAGAAAAUUGGGGUAUAUUCGCCGCUUGUGGGAGGUACUGCGAGCCGCAUUCUGGCUGUACUCCUAGACAGACCCACACAGACUUCUUUGCCGUUCGGCCGUCCCGCGUGCCACCAGAUGCCUUCGCAGACUGGCAAACACGCGACAAUGCAGAAGUUCAGGCGACCGCGGCGUUCAAAGACAUAUACGCAGCAAAGGCCGACGUAUACCUCCCGUGGCAUUCUUCGAGCAUUGAUUGCCGCGUGACGGGGGGCGGCGUGUUUCACAGCACGCUAUUCUGCCAUGAAUUUCUGCAGUCCCGCCCUUUUGAGGAUUAGGUCUUGUUUUCGCCCAUGGUUAUUCCAUGCGAUUUACCUGAACAUUAUCGUCCCUGACAUCACCACCAUCAUCAUUGCCACUUGUCAGAAAAA